UAAAAUGGCGUUCUAUAUAGACCGGAAAUAGAGCUUCGCCUUUAUAAUAAUGUUGGACAGCUGAUGAAGUUAUUUAUCUUGAGACAUAAUUAUUCCAUCUUCAUCAAUGGAUAGUAUGGAAGACAGUGGUUUUGACAGUGAUCAGAAGUCGCAGAAUGGACAUUUUGAUACAAAGACAGAGUCCACAUUAACAAAAAGUGCCUCCUACAAGGCUUUGAAGAAAGCAGCAGAACUGCAGAAGAAAAUAGAAAAGCAAAGGGAACUGGCCAAGAAAGCCCAGGCCCAAGCUGCUGCUAUAGAACACCAGCCAAAAAGAUCCUUCCUCCUUCCGAGGAGCAGGGUGACAGUACCAGAGAUGAAACCUCUCAAUCCAGAUCAGCAGCCUCUAGUUACUAUAGUAACAGACAGUGAGGAUGAUGAGUUUGAUCUUCCACAGACAAGUCGUACUGCUCAGAAGGAAAUUACUGCCCAAUUAAUUAAAGACGGUUACAACCUUGACCUUGAACCUGAUGACGAAGACCUUGAUUUGAUACCACCACGCCCUCUUAACGAGAGAUGUACAUGCUGUCAGCUUCAUCAACAACCGGGCUGUGUCAUUCAGUGACGACACUGUCAUACAGUAGCAUGGAUAUAGCACAUGACUACAUAGCUUUAAGCUGUGUCAGACGAUGGCCCAGCGGUAACUAUGAUGAUCUGCCUUAGCAUGAGAACAGCUAAGCUGUUGGACCCAAUCAUACUGUUGUUGCUGUCAGCCAGAAGAUGAUGUUGAUUCUUGCCCAGCUUUUUGCUGUUGACAGAGCUUCGUUUACAGCUUAGUAUUUCUGUGUCGGCGUGGAGACUGUCUACCCAGCAUCGGCCGUGUCGUAUGUCAAGCGGCUUAAGCUCUUUCAGCUGUGUCCACCAGCUUAUGCUGUGUUUUUCAUCUGCCCAUGGAAAUCGUCAUUAAUGAUUCAGCCAUGAACAGCUGUAACUGUAGCCGUAGUGAAGCUGUAUAAAUUAUUUGGCUGUGUGCACCCAGCUAUACCUGUCAUUUA